UACAUGUUUAUGAAGCAAAUUCCCAAAGUACGAGGGGAUGUACUCCCUUUAAGCCAAACAAAAGCUACUCCCACCUCCCCUCCCCACACACGCACUCUCUCUCUCCCCCCUUGGUCGGUUGUUCUCUCCGCCUCUGACCCAAUUAGGGCUUCGAGUAGAUACAAGACAAAAGAAGAGGAAUUACUUGUGACGAUCCUCAAUUUGUGUCAGAGACAGACACUAGGAUUGUUUGAUGCUAUUCACUUAGAUGCGUGCCCAUGUGGAUCCUGUUGGUGGUUUUCUAGAGUUGGUUCUAUAUUCUCUCCAAUGGAUGCAAUUAGUAUCUCUUCGGAUGAUUCGGAUUUGCGUGAAAUAGACAACUACAAAGAUGAUUCACCUCUCAGGGAUUCUGCCAGUUCUCGAAUCCUUCCACCAUGGGGAACAGAUAGCUCGUCCAAAAGAACAAUUUAUCCUAAUGGAAGCUCCUCCAACUAUCAUAAUAUUACUGAUGACAGUGGACCAUCAAGUUCACGAGCAAGUAGAGACGGGAAUUCCAAGUAUUCUUCUGGGAAUGAUAAUGGAAAGCAUUUUCCACAGCAAACUUUAAAGCGUACACUUCCAACAUCUUUUUAUCCUUCUGGCUCAGUAGAGGAUAUAGGUUUCAGUCAGGCUCGUCAAUCUCAUGAAAGAUCAUACCAAUCUGCAUGGGCAAGUUCGAGCAGUGCUGGUGAUAACUACUGGAAAGACAGUUUCAACAGGGGCAACCAUAGUGAGUUAGUUCUCUAUGAAAAUAAAGGAAACAGAGUGUUACCUCCGUCUUUGAUGCACAGAAGGUCCACUUCAGGUGUUCAACAUAUCAGUGUAAAUGAUCCCUUACAUUACCCUGCGAAAGGUGAAGACAGAGCUGCAGCAGCUGAUGAGAGACUGAUCUUUCAAGCUGCUCUGCAGGAUUUAAACCAACCUAAGGUAGAGGCUCGUCUGCCAGAUGGUCUUUUGUCAGUUUCUCUCCUAAGACACCAGAGAAUUGCUUUGGCGUGGACACUUCAAAAAGAAACUGGUAGUGUUCAUUGUUCGGGUGGUAUUCUGGCUGAUGAUCAGGGUCUUGGUAAGACUAUUUCAAUGAUUGCCCUCAUACAGAUGCAGAGGUCAGCUCAGGAUAAGUCUAAAGAGAAAGAUCUGGAUGAUAUUAAAGCUGAAGCCUUGAAUUUGGAUGAUGAUGAUGAAAAUGUUGCUCCUGCUUCUCAGGAAUUAAAACAGCGUAGAGAGACAGAUGGUGUCGAGGUGAUUCCAGAUGCAAGAACUUCUAUAAAGGGGUUUCGUCGUAGGAGGCCAGCAGCUGGUACUUUGGUAGUUUGCCCAGCAAGUGUUCUUCGACAAUGGGCUCGGGAACUGGAUGAGAAAGUUACGGAUGAAGCAAGUCUAUCUAUUUUAAUCUAUCAUGGAGGCAAUAGGACUAAGGAUCCGGUGGAAUUGGCAAAAUAUGACGUGGUUCUAACUACAUAUGCCAUUGUGACAAAUGAAGUUCCUAAACAAGCUUUAGUUGAAGAGGAUGACGAUGACCAGAAAAAUGGAGAACGAUUCGGAAUAUCUUCUGACUUCAAUUCAAGUAAGAAGCGGAAAAAGCCAUCUCUUAAUAAGAAGGGAAAAAAAGGCAGAAAAGGAUUUGAUGCAGAUGACUUUGAUCCUAAUUGUGGUGGUCUUGCCAAAGUCAGUUGGUUUAGGGUGAUUUUAGAUGAAGCCCAGACAAUAAAGAAUCAUAGAACACAAGUAGCUAGAGCAUGCUGCAGCCUCAGAGCAAAACGAAGGUGGUGCUUAUCUGGAACACCGAUACAAAAUGCCAUUGAUGAGUUAUUCAGCUACUUCAGAUUUCUGAGAUAUGACCCCUAUGCUGAAUAUAAAUCAUUUUGCAGCCAAAUUAAGUUUCCAAUAGCUAUAAACUCAAUUAAUGGGUAUAAAAAGCUUCAAGCGAUUUUGAGGGCCAUAAUGUUGCGACGAACAAAAGGUACACUGAUUGACGGUGAGCCAAUUAUAACCUUACCACCAAAAACUAUACAGUUGAAGAAGGUGGCUUUCUCUGCCGAGGAACGCGCUUUCUAUAACAAAUUAGAAGCUGAAUCGCGAUCGCAGUUUAAGGCAUAUGCUGCAGCUGGAACUGUGAAGCAAAACUAUGCAAAUAUCUUAUUGAUGCUUCUACGACUUCGGCAGGCUUGUGACCACCCAAAACUUGUCAAAAGGGAGAGUUACAAUUCUGUUGGAAGAGCUUCAUCAGAGAUGGCGAGGAAACUCCCAAAGAAAAUGGUGGAGGAUCUCUUGCAACAAUUGGAAACUUCAUUGGUAACAUGUUCUGUAUGCGAUGAUGUGCCCGAAGAUGCAGUUGUCUCCAUGUGUGAACAUGUGUUCUGCUAUCAAUGUGUAUCAGAUUAUUUAACUGGGGAAGAUAAUACAUGUCCGGCACUUGGAUGCAAAGAGCAACUUGGUCCUGAGGCUGUAUAUUCUAAAGCUACCCUAAAAACUUGUGUAUCAGAUGGUGUAAAUGGUGAUCCUUCCAGCUUGUCUGAAUUUGAUGAGAAAUCCAUCAUGGAAAAUGAGUACAUUUCUUCUAAAAUAAAAGCUGCUCUUGAAAUUCUUCACUCAUGUUCUAAGUCAAAGGGUCCUUAUUUAGAAUCAGAUAUCUUGGUUCAAUGCAAUGGCGAUUCGUCAAAUUUGGGAAAAGCAGAUUCAGAAUCGCAAGACAAGGGGCCAAUAAAGGCCAUUAUCUUCUCUCAGUGGACAGGCAUGUUAAACUUGGUUGAGCGUGCUUUGAACCAGUCUUGUUUUCGGUAUGAGAGGCUUGAUGGUACAAUGUCUCUUGCUGCUAGAGACAGGGCUGUCAAAGAGUUCAACACAAAUCCUGAGGUGACUGUCAUGUUGAUGUCACUAAAGGCUGGAAAUCUUGGCCUAAAUAUGGUGGCAGCUUGUCACGUAAUUCUUCUUGACCUUUGGUGGAAUCCAACUACUGAAGAUCAGGCUAUUGAUCGAGCUCACAGAAUAGGACAAACUCGUGCGGUCACUGUGUCUCGAUUAACAAUUGAAGGCACAGUUGAAGAUCGAAUUCUAGCUCUCCAGGAGGACAAAAGAAAUAUGGUUGCAUCCGCUUUUGGUGAAGAUCAAAGUGGAGGCACAGCUAGUCGACUAACUGUAGAAGAUCUUAGAUAUCUCUUUAAUCUCUAAGAAAGGGCUUUUUUUAUCUGCAUUUGGUCCAUUUAGCCAGUUAGCAGAAUGUUCAUAUGUAGGGGAGUAGUAGAUCACCACCUGGGAGAUAUUUUAGAUGCAACUGAAGUCAUUAGAAUUGCUAGGCUCAUCAUAGUGAGACCGAUAUGUAUUUGUACUGGUAAUUCUUCCAAUUUUGUUGCCUCAUAAAGGCAUUUUCCUAUUUCCCUGCUAAUUUUGUCUCUGUAUAUACUCGCUUAUCAUGUAUAUGAAUCAUCUUAUUGUUCAUUGCGUA